AUGGCAUCCCUAGUCCCCAUCAUCAUCACCAUCACCAUCCCUUCGGUCCUCCUUCUCCACACAGCACCGUGCCGCGCGCAAGUCCUGGACGGAAAAGACGCCCCCGUGCCAGAGGACUUCCCCAAGGCAUUCAUCACCGCCAUGGCCGUGGCCAUCGUCAGCGUGGUGCUGCUGCUCACGCUGGUCUGCGUGCUCGCCCACUCCUGGCAACACAUCCUGUGCCGGCACGGGCGAGCGACGUCCUCGGGCGUGCCCGAGCGCUGGCUCGACCCAGUCUUCGAGUGGCCGCAGCAGCUGCGCCCGCUGUCGAGGAGCAGUUACAGGCAGAGGAGGAAGAACCGCCGACGGCUGCGGGACAGGGUGAGGAUGAGGAUGGGAUGGGGGGAUAAGGGGGUGGGUGUGGGUGUGGGUGUGGGACAAGCAGUAAGACCAGACCUGGUGGUGGGAGGAGGAGUAGGAGUGGGAGGGGGGAGCCGUAAUAUGGGCUGGUAA